CACGUGCUGGAAUUUACGAGGGGUACGUGAAGGCAACUGAAGGGGCGGGGACUUGUGUCCUCCAUUCAGGUUGAGCGUGUGGAACAAGAAGAGGAAGAGAGCGACACAUUGUCGGUGUUUUACCCGACAAACUCACUCGGUUUACCGGCGUUUUCUAGAUAAUCUUGGCUGAAGUGAGGGGGUUGGAACCAUGUGCGGUAGCUGGUGGAGCAGCUCGGCGGUCACCCACGGGCUGAUCGCCUUGUUCGCCAUGGGUUCGUGGAUUUCCGUCAACAGUCUGUGGGUCGAGCUCCCGGUGGUUGUCAACGUGCUUCCAGAAGGAUGGAACCUGCCCGCCUAUCUCUCAGUACUGAUAGCGUUUGGGAACCUCGGUCCAAUAGCGGUGACGAUCGCACAUCACUGUGCUCCGGGACGCUUAAACGAACGCCUCGUCAUCCACGGCAUCCAGAUGCUGGCGGUCGUGGCCUCCGCCCUUCUGGCCGUCUUCUGGUCACACAAAGUCACGAUAGCUGGAACGGAGAGGUCACUGAUGUUCCUGCUCUUCACCUUUGUGUUGUCUUUGGUUUGCUGUACAUCCAACGUCACCUUCCUGCCUUUCAUGUUUCAUUAUCCACCUCAGUAUGUUCGCACUUUCUUCAUCGGCCAGGGCUUGAGCGCCUUGUUCCCCUGUAUUGUGGCUUUAGGGCAAGGCGUCGCCAGGCUGGAGUGUAAAACCGUGAAUGGCACAGUGACGCCGAGUUAUUUAAAGGAGAACUUUCCUGCACAGAACUUCUUCUGGUUCUUGUGUGUCAUGCUGUCAAUCUCAUGCCUGAGUUUCUGGGCUUUAACACGAAGGCCGACAGAGUCACAGGAAGCCGCACCGCCGCUGCCGCAGGAGUCUGACAAAGCAGGAGCGGAAAAAAACGGAGAGGAGACGCACCCGCUGCACGUCGGAGGGACGCCGGUGUCGGAGGAGCAGACGCCGCCGUCGGAGGAACCGUCGCCUGCUCAGACGUUUUGGACGCAGAGGAACAUCUACCUGCUGUCGCUGCUCGCCGUCGCCAACGCACUCACCAACGGAGUCCUGCCGUCCGUGCAGAGCUUCUCCUGUUUGCCGUACAGCUCCAUGACCUUUCACCUCUCUGUGGUGCUCGGAAACAUAGCGAACCCUCUGGCCUGCUUUCUAGCUAUGUUUGUUAUCCUGAGGUCGUCCGCCGGUCUGGGCUUCUUGUGUAUAGGAGGGGGAGUAUUCGCUGCGUAUCUCAUGGCGUUAGCAGCACUCAGCCCCUGUCCACCACUUCUGGGAAACUCUGCUGGCGUGGCUUUAGUGGUCAUCUCCUGGAUUAUUUUCACCGGCCUCUUCUCCUACGUGAAGGUGGUGAUCGGGACUUUGCUUCAUGAAGCAGGUCACGCUGCCCUCCUGUGGUGCGGCAUCUCUAUCCAGGCCGGCUCCCUUAUCGGAGCCCUCACCAUGUUCCCUCUGGUCAACAUCUAUCACGUGUUUGCCCGGGGUAAAGAAUGUGAAAAUAACUGCAGCUAGCAGGAGUCAGAAAUUCAAACUUUCCCUAAAUUCUGUUGUUUUUUUCUUCUUCCUGUGUUUGUCACAGGGAAUGUCUGUUUUUAACCCUGUUUUCGGGGUUCCUGUUCAGUCUUGGCCUCUGUUUUUGCAACGAGGCAUCCUCACCUGAUUCAGAGGCCUCUGAGCUUGUGAAAGCAAAAACAUUCCCAGACAAACGGGAGCAUUGUGCUGCUGCUGUAGUACCAUAAGUGCUUUGAAUCUCUGGAGUUGUUUACAGAAGCAAAAGCAGCAGCUGAUGAAUUUUUUUCCCAACUACAACAAACCACGUGAAUUCUUAUUUACUCAGGGACAUGAGUACGAACUUAUUCAUCGACAUUUGUUCCUCCUGAGUCUAAGGGUACAUUCAGACAGUAACCGCUGUGAAACAAACAGAAAAUAACUUUUUAUUUCACUGAUUAACCGGCUUUAUCGAUGCCGUCGCUCCCUCACUCUCAUUCACUGUCUCUCUUGACUAAAGCCUUAUUCACACCAGGGAUGUAAGUGCCGCGGGGUCUCACGUACGUUCACGAUUCUCGCGUGAUCUCGCAGCUGGCUUGUUACGCUGCCGUCACGCGCCCGGUAUGAAUUGACGGAGCAAAAUCGUGGUGCAGCCGUUCCGCAGCGCUGUGUGAAUCCCUAGUAAUGCUCUCUCUAACCAUCGGACACAAACCAAAUUAAACCUCCAUGAAUCCACCUGGAUAGUCUCAGUUUCAGAGACAUUUCAGGCUGACUGUGGAGGUUUGACCGCUCCUGAUUGUCUGAUUUGGCGGCCACAGUUUGGCUCAACUCCUCUGCUGCAGGUCGCUGCAUUUUCUGGCAAAGCCGCAGCCAAAACGCACAACGCCCAUUCAAAUAAAUGGAAAAACCUGUGCCACUUCAUGUCUGAAUCUACCCUAACUCCUGACAAAUAUCCACACAGUCCCAUUCCUACAGGUAGUGUUUUUUAUUAAAUUUUUUGGUUACCUUUUUUAAAAAAAUGUUUGGCUACCUCUUCCCUUUGACUUCAGAUGAGAAUAAAACGUAAUUAUAUUCACUGUUUCAUCAGAGUUAUGAUGCGCUGAAGUCAGUGUUAUGAACCUUCAUCAUUUGUAAUGCAGUAAUUUUGACCAUGCAGUGACAAAUAAUAUUUAUGUGCCUGAACACACAGCUCUGAUUUGAGAUUUCUCAUGAUGUUUUAUGUAAUUUGGAUUAAUUCCAAUAAACCGUAAUGUUAUGCCACCUUAAGGAAACAAUUGAUGCUUGAUGGGUGGAUAGCUUCGGUAAAUAAGGGAUCAAGUCAUCUCAGUCUUUGACACUAAUGUCUAUCUUUGAUGUGCACUAAUACCUUCUGGUCUAAUUUUAUUAACCAUGCUGCUACAGUCACAUCAAAUUAAAGCUAUAUAAAGCUCUAAAGAGGUUUACAAAGGAAGAAUAACUAAACUGCCUUAACUUCAUGGUGUCAAUCCGGAUUCAUCAAUAAGCUGAUCAAUUCUGUGCUGAUUUUACGUGCCUUGAAUCACGUCAUCAGCUGUUAAAUGGUUGAUGGUGCCUCUGUCCUUUUUGUCAUGUUUUUAGUUCAUGCAUACAACAUGUGACAUCAAGUGACUGGUGAGUGUUGUUGUGAAAUGACUGGUGAACAAUAAAGAUUUGUUGAAAAUGCC